AUGCCCUUCACCCUCACCCAAGUAACAAUCGCCGACGGCCCCGCCCUCGCAGCCAACAACAUCCCCGCCUUCUGGGCCGACCCCCAUUGGCGCCUCGAAUGGCGCCAUCGCACCCUCGAGUACCACAUCUCCCAAGUCGCCCUGCGUUACCCACGUACCCUGAUCCGAAACCCCGAUACCUCGCGGCACCAAAAGGCUGUUGAUGAUGGUACGGGUGAAGUACUGGGGUAUGCAAGGUGGACUAUUCCUAUUGAUGCCGUCCGGGAGGUUGGUGUCGGAGAGGAAGGGGGGCAGACGGUGGUGGUGUGGCCCGAGGCGGUAGGGCCGCGGGUGACGCCGGAGGAAGAAGAGGAGAUACAACGCGUUGCCGGGACCGCAGUGUGGGAUCCGGAUGGCGCUACGGAUCCGCUGUUGGAGCCGGCGCGGAAGAUUGAGGAGGAGAUAUUGGCGCGCAAGACGUACAUGAGGCUUGACUACUUGGCCGUUCAUCCGAAACAUCAACGGCAGGGAGUUGCUACGGCACUCGUAAAGAGCGGUCUCGAGCAGGCUAACAAGCUGGGUCUUGACGUAUUCGUCCGGGCGAUGAAGCCUGGUGUUCCGGUUUACCAGCGAUUGGGAUUCCGGCUGGAGCGGGAGUUGAUCCAGGAUGAUUCAGAAUAUGGUGGCCCUGGAGACUUUGGAGAUUAUUUUCUUGUUUAUGAGCAGAGUGGGAGAGGUGAUAGUGACGAAAAGGACGCGCCUUGA